CGUCAAAAUACGAUUUGCCAAAAAAGUAGUAGCACCAGCCUCACUGGAUAGGGCUACCAAUCUCGCGUUUAAUGUUUUUGACAUUGUAAUGAAAUGAUUGGACCAAAACCAGGUGUUUCAAGUAUUUCAACAAUUUAAAAUAAGCUGCGCCUUCCAUGUGGAUGAUUUCCGAUUCCAUGAGGAGGGUUUUAGUUAUGAAAAUUUGGGGAUUGCAAUAAACUUGCUUUCUUUUGCUGACGCUCAGAUAUCUGGUCCUGAAUACGGAUAAGUGAGGGUUGUUCGCUGCCUCAAUUUGACACAAAGAUAUGUAUCAAUUUUCCGGAACAACUGGUUUUACAAGGGAGUGUUUUUUUAAUGGAGUUGAAACAUGGGCUUAGAUGCUGCAUAUUCUUUGGUAAUUUUGAGGGUGAUUUGUAUAAUAAUGAUUUCCCUGAUCUUGGUGUCGAGCGAAGCAUUAUUCUUCCUACUAGGUGCUGAGGAAAGGAUGAUAUUUACUUAUGUAUCAAGGUACAUCAACUGAAACAUAUUCUGUCAGAUUCUUCUGGAAUCAAUAUUAUUUGGGAUUUUUUCUCUGCCGACUUAGUGAAUAUGCUUUUUGAAAACAUAAGGAUCCCUGCAUGAAAUAUUAAUAUAUCCAGUUCUGAUCAAAUUUGGAGUAGCAUCUAAUAGGAAAUUCUUCUUGCUGGAUACGUGGUGCUAUGCAAUAAUUUUUACUCUAAAGAGGUCUUUUACCAAUUCAAUGAAUCUUGAUUUCAUUCAGAACCUUUGGCUCCCAAAAUUUGUAUUAAAACUGAAGCAGGGUGCCGAAAUUGAGACAAUCAACAACUCUGGGCCGUCAAGUAACUAUUAUGGAAACACAGAUAGCUGUAAGUCUUCUGGAGUAGAGUGUGGCAUCUGGGAACAAUUCUGGCGGCGAUGGGAAUUUAAGAAAGUUAUCGUUCCUAAGCCAGAAACUUGUGGCAAUUUGAAAAAAACAGAGCCUAGUAAGCGUCCCAAAGAGGGGAUUGGUGACUGGCAUCUUCCCUGGGAACAGUUCUGGCAGAGACAGGAAUUUGGAAAAGCUAUUAUGCGUAGGCCAGAACAACGUGUCAAUUUAAAAAAGCCAGAGCCUAGCAAUUGUAUGAAAGAGGAGGGAUUUGGCGUUUGGUACCUUUCUUGGCCGGUAAAUUCGUUUGCAACCACAAGCAUCAUUAGACCAAGAAAUAAUAGCAUUAACUGUAAUGGAAAAUCAGAGAUCAGGAAGUCUCAACAGAAUAGGUGUCGGACCUUCAAGCUUGGUAUUUGGGAGGUUCCCUGGUGGAUAAAUAAAAAUGAAGUGGUAAGCAUCUCCAGUGCCAAAAAAAAUAAUUCUAAUGGAAGAGUAUAUAACAAGAGCCGACAGGUUUGGUUUCCUUUUGGGGGGAUAAAUCAAGCUGACAUAGCAAGCAUCCACAGAUCAAAGAAUAAGAACAAUGCUAGAAAAAUAGAGAACAGUAAGCUUCCAAGUAAUAAGUCUUGGUUUGACAAGUUAAGUGUUUGGGAUCUAUUCCAGUCAAUAAAUCGAACUGAAACAUCAAGCACCCCUAAAUCAUUUAAUAAUAAAAAUACUGUAAAAAUAGAAAACAAGGGCCAACAGGAUAGGUCCCAUUGGGUAGUUUUGAGGUGGAUAAAUCAAACUGAAACGGCAGCUAUCCCUAGAUCAGAAAAGAAGAGAAAUGACAGAACCACAGAGAACAGAAAGUAUCUAAAGGAUAGGUCUCUGCAAGAUAGCUUUGGUGUUUGGGAACUUUUCUGGCAGAAAAAUGACACUGAAAAAGCAAGGUUUUUCAAACCAAAUUGGAAUGAUGGAAAAAUGGGGAACAUCAAGCCAGUGCCAGACAGGUCUUCCCAGGGCAGAAUUGGCGUUUGGGAACUUUUCUCGCAAAUGUAUCGGAGGGAAAGAGAAGUCAUCCCUAAAUCAGAAAAGGUUGGCAAUAAAGAAAAAUUAGAGACCAUGAAGCCUCUGAGUGACAGGUUUAGUGUCUGGAAAGCUUUUUGGCAGAUAAAUCAAAAUGGAACUGCGAGCAUCUCUGGACUAGAAAAAAAUGGCAAUGAAUUAAUAGAGAACAAUAAACCUCUACAGGAUCUGUUAAUAAUUUGGGAAAAUGUUCAACAAAUAAAACUUCCAUGGAAUGCUAAACACGGUGAACAAGCCACAAAUACUGAAACAAAUGAGCUUGAAUUUGAAACACUGGAAUCUGGAUGUACUAUUCCUAAAUUCACCCCUUACAUGGCCACCGUACCUUGGCAUACAGGUCCUAGGGCUUUUCUUUCUCAGAUGUUUCCUCGGUAUGGUAAUUAUUGUGGACCAAACUGGUCCAGUGGGAAAGAUCAAGGUGGUCUUCUGUGGGAUAAAAAACCGAUUGAUUGGCUAGACUAUUGCUGUUACUGUCAUGAUAUUGGCUAUGAUACACAUGAUCAAGCUGACAUGUUGAAAGCAGAUAUCACUUUUCUUGAGUGCUUGGAAAAAUCUUGGGGGUCAAAUAAUAAGAUUUCUCGUGCAGCUGAAGCUUACAGAUCAAUGUGUAUAACAGGUCUUCAGACAGUACUUAUACCCUACCGGAAGCAGCUUUUAAAUCAAAUGCAUGCAAAACGUGUUUUGGCCCUUAAAGUUAAUGGCCUGGAUAGGCAACGUCAGUGAAUGCUAUUGAGGGGGCAAUUUCCCUGGCUGAUAAUUUUUGAAGAAGAAAUUGUUGUCAAGGCACUCCCUUUUCAUUCGAUGCUGAUGAUUUUCAUGUAGCAUACGAGUAGCAGCUAUGUGAAGGAAGGGAAUUCUCAGACCGUUCACUGACUGUAUUCAAAGAAGUGCUAAACAGCUGUUAGUGGACCUGUCCCUUUGGAUGAAAUGUCAGUGGAAGCAGAAAGAAUACAAAAGCUUUAUCUUGGAAAAGAAAAAGCUACAUGAUGUUUUUCUUCUUCGAAAUGUUUCAUGUUAUUUCAAAGUUGUAUUGUUAGCUCUGUAUUGUGUAAUUUUCAUUUCCGUUUUGUGGUUGCAUUUUAAUGAUACUUAAUCUGAGCAGUAUUGAAAUCUGAAGAGGAUAAGUUCUUUGAAUACAGGCAUAAAUAUAAUGGCUGGGAUUCUUUGUACAGGUGAAAAGGAUUUAGCUGUUGAGGCUUGAGAUCCUGGUUCUAUUGCAGUUCAUUUAUGAGAACUAUAUUCUCAGCACGAUAAACUUGUCUAUAUUUUUAUUAUGGAUAGUAUCCAUAAAAUCUUGUUCAUAUUGUUCCAGUAUCAGUCCUAUACAUUUAUUUUAACUGUCCUAUUCUCAGUACUUUAAAUUUGCUUUUCUUGUUCCAUUUUGUUGA